CCUCGGUCGCACCAGGGGUGGAGCUGAGGCAGUCACGUAGCUCAGGUCCCUGGGCUUUGGCCGUACCGCGUGUGGUCUUGUGCUUCUGCUCCAGUCUCACCGUCUCUCCGCCAUCAUGCCGAUGUUCGUCGUGAACACCAACGUGCCCCGUGCCUCCGUGCCCGACGGGCUCCUCUCAGAGCUCACUCAGCAGCUGGCGCAGGCCACCGGCAAGCCGGCUCAGUACAUCGCAGUGCACGUGGUUCCGGACCAGCUCAUGGCCUUUAGCGGCUCCAGCGAACCCUGCGCGCUCUGCAGCCUGCACAGCAUUGGCAAGAUUGGUGGCGCGCAGAACCGCUCCUACAGCAAGUUGCUGUGCGGCCUGCUGGCGGAACGUCUGCGCAUCAGCCCAGACAGGAUCUACAUCAACUACUACGACAUGAAUGCGGCCAAUGUGGGCUGGAACGGCUCCACGUUCGCCUGAGGGUGGCGGCGUCCUGGAUUCCCUUGCAGCGACCCUCCCCGCGUUCUGGGCCCUACUCCCGCUGUGUUCUGUGCCUGUUCUCCCCCAUGCCAGCUCCACCACCGGGAGAAAUAAAUGGUUUGGAGAACACA